AUGAGGUUGCAAAAAGCAGCGCCAUUCUAUGAGUACAAUAUGACCAGAGCUAUUGAAUUCAGUCUCAGGAACAAACAGCCAUCGAGUCCCCAAAUAGAAACAUUCACCACCACUAAUCAUUCGCUCGAUCGUGUCAAUCGUAGAAACUGCAAGCCUAAGAUCCACGCCCUUGGUUCCAGCUUGGCGCUUCUGCAAGCCUCCAUCCUCCCGCUGAGGCUUUCGGGCUUCGCUACUCUGACUGAUGGGAACAAAUCUGUCAAUCCGUACCCCAAUUUGUCUCUCUCACUGAAUCAAAGUUUCUAUUCAGCUGCCAAACAAGAUAUCAAUCAAGGCAUGAAAUAUCUCACUACCAAGGACCCUUCAUCUAAACAAUCUUCAGAUAAACUUCGCACGUCACACAAGAAAUAA